AACAGUGUAUACCGCAGACAUCAUUUCUACUACAGUGGCAGAGACGUCCAGGACCUGUUUCACUGCAGGGGGAUAAAAAACAAGCCCUGUGGAUCAGCAACAGCAGCAGCAAGCAGCAACAGCCGCCGCAAGACAUUGUUUCUCUCCCUCUGCCCCCCUUCCCCAAGCAACCCCAGAUCCAUUUACACUUUACACUGCAUCACAAGGCAAGCCAGAAGGGUGGUCCAUUCAAACUUUGGAUUUAUUCAUGGUCUUUGUACAGCAGCCCCUUCUCCCAUCAUCACUACUGGGAAGUGUACUAUAAAUCAGCAUAUUGGAGCACAAUGAAAGAGUUUAUUCCCAGGCCUCAGGAGAAGUUCAGCUGCACCCAGUGAGAAAGAGAGCAAGAGUAGACAGAGGGCUGCAUGAAUGGUCUUGAAACAUACGUGAUUUUAGACUUGGGCAGUCAAUAUUUAUUGAAUUUCCCUUCUGCCACUGCUUUGUACUCAAGCAGCAUCUGCCUGAAAAGACCUUCCAGGGAGAAAGAAUUCACUGGUGAUGCUCCCACCCUCUUCAUCGUGAUGAAAGCCCAUCAUACAGUUUUCCAAAGAAGUUAGACCUGUUUCUUGGUGAAGAGAAGGCAAAGUGCUUUUUCCAUAAGGGUUUUCUCACUUUCUUAUGAAAGAGAAAAGGAACCUGAGCCUAUGAGCAAUCCAGCAAUUUCUGAAAAAUCUCCGUGGUGAAAAAUAAGCCAGGACAACCUGCAAAAGAACAUAGUGAAUGUUAAUCCCGAGCAGCUGUUGGAAGAUUGUGCUCAUAGGGAGAUGAUUCCUCAUGAAGUCUCUGGAUCCCCUUCAGAAAUCAAAUGCGACUUUCCAUUUACCAGACUGAAACCAUAACUAGCCAGACAGUGAAGCAGUCACAGUGGAGGGGGGACGGAGAAAAAUGAAAUCCAACCAAGAACGGAGCAAUGAAUGCUUGCCUCCCAAAAAGCGUGAGAUUCCCGCCACUAGCCGGCCAUCGGAGGAGAAACCAGUGGUCGUGCCAAACGACAACCACAGGGCCGAGAGCUUGACAUGGCUCCCCAGCACUCAGAGUGGACAAGGCAGCAUGGGUGGGAGGCCUGGGCCUGGGGGGACCCCGGCAGUAGAGCUUGGUUUACAGCAGGGAAUAGGUUUACACAAAUCACUGUCCACAGGGAUGGAUUAUUCUCCACCCAGUGCCCCCAGGUCUGUUCCAGCCACGACCACUCUCCCUGCGGUGUACCCUCCCCCACAGUCAGGGACCCCGGUGUCCCCUGUGCAGUACACACACUUGCCGCACACUUUCCAGUUCAUUGGGUCUUCCCAGUAUAGUGGGCCCUAUGCUGGCUUCAUCCCCUCCCAGCUGAUCUCCCCUCCAGCCAAUCCUGCCACCAGCGGAGUGGCCUCUGCUGCUGUGGCCACCACUCCAUCACAGCGCUCCCACCUGGAGGCCUAUUCCACUCUGCUAGCCAACGUGGGCAGCUUGAGCCAGCAGCCAGGGCACAAGGUUGAGCAGCAACAGCAUUUGAUCAGGACUCCAGGGCUUAUCACGGCAGGGUCCCCACCACCCACACAGCAGAACCAAUACGUCCAUAUUUCCAGCUCUCCCCAAAGUGCUGGGCGUACCAUGUCCCCUCCAGCCAUCCCAGUCCACCUGCAUCCCCAUCAGACGAUGAUCCCACACACACUUACCCUGGGGCCUUCCUCCCAGGUGGUGGUGCAAUACACAGACUCUGGUGGUCAUUUUGUUCCCCGGGAAUCCACCAAGAAGGCUGAGAGCAGCAGGCUACAACAGGCCAUACAGGCCAAGGAGAUGCUGAAUGGUGAGAUGGAGAAGAGCCGGAGAUACGGUGUCCCCUCCUCUGCAGACCUGGGCCUCAUGAAGGCAAGCGGGAAGACGGCCUCUCACCACUAUGAAACCAGACACGUUGUGGUCCACUCAAGCCCUGCUGACUAUAGCACCCGUGAUUCAUCGGGGGCGCGGGCCUCUGUGAUGGUCCUACCCGACAGCAACACACCCACCGCAGACAUGGAAGUCCAGCAGGUCACACACCGAGAGGCCUCCCCAUCCACCCUCAAUGACAAGAGCAGCCUCCACUUAGGGAAGCCCAGCCACCGGUCAUACGCUCUGUCCCCACAGCAGGCUCUGGGCCCUGAGGGUGUGAAGGCCGCCGUGGCCACGCUGUCACCACACACUGUCAUCCAGACCACCCACAGUGCUUCGGACCCCCUCCCCGUUGGACUUCCAGCCUUCUAUGCAGGGACUCAGCCACCCGUCAUUGGCUACCUGAGCAGCCAACAGCAAGCAAUCGGUUACGCCGGCAACCUGCCGCAGCAUCUGGUGAUCCCUGGGACCCAGCCUCUGCUCAUUCCCGUGGGCGGCGCCGACAUGGAGCCAUCCGGGGUAGCCCCUGCGAUCGUCACUUCAUCUCCCCAGUUUGCAGCAGUGCCUCAUACAUUUGUCACUACCACCAUUCCCAAGAGUGAGAAUUUCAGCGCAGAAUCCCUGGCCACUCAGGCAGCCUACCCAGCCAUGGUGCAGGCCCAGAUCCACCUCCCCGUGGUCCAGUCCAUUGCAUCUUCCGCAGCCGUUCCCCCUACGCUGCCCCCGUACUUCAUGAAAGGGUCGAUCAUCCAGUUGGCCAACGGAGAGCUGAAGAAGGUUGAGGACCUGAAAACAGAAGACUUCAUCCAGAGCGCUGAGAUUAGCAACGACCUGAAAAUAGACUCUAGCACCAUAGAAAGGAUUGAAGACAGCCCUACCCCAGGCAUUGCAGUCAUCCAGUUUGCAGUGGGAGAACAUCGAGCACAGGUCAGCGUUGAAGUCUUGGUAGAAUAUCCUUUUUUUGUAUUUGGACAAGGUUGGUCAUCCUGCUGCCCUGAGAGAACCAGCCAGCUCUUUGAUUUGCCAUGUUCCAAACUCUCAGUCGGGGAUGUCUGCAUCUCGCUCACCCUCAAAAACCUGAAGAAUGGCUCUGUUAAAAAGGGCCAGCCCAUGGAUUCAGCCAGCAUCUUGCUGAAGCACUCAAAGAAUGACAGUCUAGUAGGAAGUAGACACAGGUAUGCUGAGCAGGAAAAUGGGAUUAAUCAGGGAACUUCACAGAUGCUAGCAGAGAAUGGUGAACUCAAGUUUCCAGACAAAAUAGGAUUGCCUGCAGCACCCUUGCUCACCAAAACAGAACCCAGCAAGCCCGUGGCGACGAGGAAGAGGAGGUGGUCUGCGCCUGAAACACGGAAACUAGAGAAAUCAGACGAGGAGCCGCCUUUGACCCUUCCCAAACCUUCUUUUAUUCCUCAGGAGGUUAAGAUUUGCAUUGAAGGUCGAUCUAACGUAGGCAAGUAAAGGCGCUUUGGGGGAAAGGAAAUUAGGCUCUCCCUUGUCAUUUUUAUCCAGAUUACUGUACUGUAGGCUAAAUAACCCAGUAUUUACAUGUUAUCAUCUUAUUUUAGGUUUAUGUUAUAACCUUGUUGUUAUAGUUGCAGCUGGUGUUAUGCAGGAGACUGGUGCAUAUGUUUUUUUCCACAAGCGUUUGUCAGUGAUUAGGUUGGUGGGAGCUAAGGCAGGGGCUGUCUAGGCUCCACACAUAUAUUGAAUGGAAACGAACACGGCGUCCUGGCUCCUGCCUUUUUUCUGACAGUGCAGAAACACCUGGUGUCCAGCUGACUUCUGCUGAUUCUUUCUCAUGAGGCCACAGAAAGGGAAUUGGAAUGGAAGAAUCAGAGUGAGUGAGUGAGUGGGUGUGUGUAUAUGUGUGUGUGUGUGUGUGUGUGUGUGCACGCACGCAAGUAUGGAUGCAGAUGUAAGUGGUUCUCUCUUUCUGCCUCUCUCUGUCUCUCUCACUCACAGCAUGAGAUUACAGCUCCAUCGCAAUUGUCAUUAUGAAGUCCUCACACACAAAAUCAACAUUAGGAACCCAGCUUUAAGGCAUCUUCAAGAGGCAUCAGGCAGGAAGCAAAUAGUUUAAAAUCACAUUUCUCUUCAACUUAUUUUACAAUGAAAAUGGCUUUUAAUCCAAUAAAUAUAUAUCUAUAUAUAAACAUAUAUUUUCCCCCAUGGGGCCUGACUGCACUGAUAUUUUUCAUAGAGUAACUGCCACACGCGGAUUCCAUUUCUGCUUUGCUAAUGACAUUGCAAGGGUGUAACUUCAGAAAAAAAAAAAUCUCGUCCCCCUCUUGCUUUGCUUUGUUGAGGUUGGGUUGGGUUUUCUCCUAGGGGAAAUGGAGAAAGGGAUAGUGAUACACCCUGUAGAGCUGCCAGCUAAGACCUACUCUCAGUUUCCAUGCAGUGUUAGAAAAGCAGACUGGGUUUUUCCAUGGACAUUUGCUUCUAAGAGGUAGAUAUGUCCUGCCCCCUCACAGAAUGCAAACCAAAUCUGUUUGCACUUCAGUUGGCAAAUUUUUUGUCUUUUUGACUCUAGUACUGUUUAUAGUUCAUGAUUAUGGACAACCUGGUGCCACUCUUUCAGAUUUCAGUGUGACACAUAAAACGGUAUGUGGAAAAUGAACAGAAUGUCUUUAAGCACCUAAAAUGCUAUUCACACUUUAUUCCUGAGCAUCUUGGUCUAUCACUCAACUAGUACUGUAUCUCACUUUUCAUCUGUUUGGGAAGAAAAGCAAACACACAGGGAAAUUAUUUUCCCAUCCCUCCCUGCCCCCAACACUGUCAACUCUAGUACAGUUAGGGAGAGUUUCUGGUGAGCAAGAUGUUGAAAGUUUUUAUAUGGUUUAAAGGGAUGAAUGUGAAUCAUGAACCAGUAUGUGACAGUAAAUGUCCACCAUGGGCAACUUGAAAGGAGGCACUUUUAAACUCUGAUGCUUGAGAAAGAAUAAAAUGUGGAGCUGACCGAAAAUCAGAGAAAAUGAGAGAAAAGGGAUAGAGGAAAAAAAUACUCAUUUUUGUCCAGUGUUUUUUUAAAGGAUGGACUUUAAAGAAUCUUGCAAUUUGCACAUCUUGAGUUUAUCAUUUAUGUAGUGUUCCUUCAGUUUUUAAUCCAAUAAUGUUAUGGGGAAGGGAGGGGGCUGAAGAGCAUAAAUAAAUGUAGCAAUUUCUUUCUAACCUGCCUAAGCUCUAGGCUGUUUUAUAAGGUUAUGUUCCUUUCAGAGUUCAUUUUGAUCUUUAUAUCACAUCUAUCACAAAGAACCAGGACUUAGUAGGACAACUCUGAAAAUCUUCAGAUUCAUUGAAAGUUUUCCAUAAUAGACAUUUCUAUAUGUGAUCAAGUUUUUUUUUAAAAGAAACUUAUUUUAUUAUUAUUGUUAUUAUUAUUAUUAUUUUAAUAAUGACUUUUUUCCAUUUGAAAUCAAAUCUAGAUUUCAGAGUUUGGUACAAAACAGCAAAGGGUAUCAGAGUUUUCAGUCUUUCAUUCCCAGAGAUCUGGAACAUUUUGGGUUUUGAGUUUGCAUUUUUACAGUGGUUUUAAGAAACUGUAUCAAUGGUGGGGAAACCAAAUUUACAGUUUCUAUAUUUGAGUUGUAAUAACCAAAUGGAACAAAUUCUCAUCUGAAAUUUCCUCUGCCAUCUAACACAGUACUGCUAACUCCUUAUAGAAAUUUUCAGACAAUUCAAAUAUCAACCCAACCUUUGACUCUUGUUUGUUACUUGAAAUUUAGCUCACACUAGAACUAAUUCUUUUUGUACCGUUUUCUGAGGUGUACCAAAAACAUCUGAGUAAGUUUAAAAUAGCUUGAAACUUUUCUUGAAUUUUAUUAACCUCUCAGCAUGUUAGCAAAUAGCAGCGAUACUGCUUAUUUAGUGCUGUAUUUUUUAAAUGUUUCUGCUCGGAGAACUUGCUUAAUCUUCCAUAUACUCUGCUCAGGGCACUUGCCAUUCAAUGGGUUUCAUUUUUCUUCUUUUUUUUUCUUUCUUUUUAACCUUUGAUAGUAAGAGAAAUAUGGGGCCACAGUCCAGACUUAGCUUUCAUCAGCACCACUAGAGUUGGUGAUUCACACGUACUCAGAAAGACAUACACCUUUUGACAAAUCAAGAAGCAAGGACUUUCAAACUUACUGGACAUAAGGAAUUAUUCAACACUAAAAUGGGAAAACACACACCUUUUGGAGCAAUAGGAACAUAAUCCUAAUUUAUGUGCUUUCUAUUUCAGGUAUAGGAAUUACAGAAUAAUUGGUUCUUUCUCAAUGUUAUCCCAUUUGAUUCUCUUGCUUUAUUUUUUAUUUUAUUUUUAGCAUGUACAAUACUUCAUGUGCCAAUAUAGAUUCACCAGUGUGCUGGUAGCUCUCUUUCAUACUCUUUUGAUGUUUGUCACCAUUUGGUUAUUCUUCCUCUCUUUCCCCAGAACCUUCUGUAGAGAUGGGGCAGAUUCAAAAAAAUAAUUCCUUGCCACCCUCCUCCCUGCCCUUGUCACAACUCACGGGCAGAAGGAGGCUCUUCACCUUUUGGAGAAGUGUCUUAUUUGUCUUCACAUUUCAAAAACAAACAACCAACAAAACAAAAAUGCAGACUAGACCCAGGAGAAGGAAAAGAAAAAAUUAAAAAAAAAAAAAGACUUAGUUGUCGUUCCCUCAGUGACAAUAAAAAUGGUGGUAUAGAUGAAAAGGGUAAAUGGAGGGAACAGACAUUCAUGUCAUGGACUCAUCAGCAAUUUAGCCAGGAAUCAAUCCGUUUCUCAAAUGGUCUUUUGCAUGAGGAGAAUUAAAACCGGUAUCCUUGCCUGUUUACUUAUGCCUGCAGUUGUAUCUCUGGGUAAGUGCAGGUCCCAGUGUAUCCCAGGUGUUGUCCAGACACAGGUAUUGCAGCCCAUUUCAGGACUGUGCUGUUAGCUACUAGCAGUGGGAUCUAAGCCUAAGCUAUUAAGUGGCAGCUUAACAGCAGCAGCAAUACCAUCUCUUAUAGAAGAUUCUCAAGUACUGGGGA